GGCACCAGAGCUGCACCUCCAAAAUGGGAGGUCGGUUCCUGCUGACGCUCGCCGUCCUCUCGGUGCUGCUGAGCCGCUGCCAGGUCGGCUCCUCCGGGGUCUUCGAGCUGAAGCUGCAAGAAUUUGUCAAUAAGAAGGGGCUGCUCAGCAACCGCAAUUGCUGCCGCGGGGGCGGCCCCGGCGCCGGCGGGCUCCAGCAGUGCGACUGUAAGACCUUCUUCCGCGUCUGCCUCAAGCACUACCAGGCCAGCGUGUCCCCCGAGCCGCCCUGCACCUACGGCAGCGCCAUCACCCCUGUCCUCGGCGCCAACUCCUUCAGCGUCCCCGAUGGCGCGGGCGGUGCCGACCCCGCCUUCAGCAAUCCCAUCCGCUUCCCCUUCGGCUUCACCUGGCCCGGCACCUUCUCGCUCAUCAUUGAGGCUCUGCAUACUGACUCACCUGAUGACCUCACCACUGAAAACCCUGAGCGCCUCAUCAGCCGCCUGGCCACCCAGAGACACUUGGCAGUGGGUGAAGAGUGGUCCCAGGACCUGCACAGCAGCGGCCGCACUGACCUCAAAUACUCCUAUCGCUUCGUGUGCGAUGAGCACUACUACGGAGAAGGCUGCUCUGUCUUCUGCCGCCCCCGGGAUGAUGCCUUUGGUCACUUCACCUGUGGAGAGCGUGGUGAGAAAGUCUGCAACCCGGGCUGGAAAGGCCAGUACUGCACUGAGCCAAUUUGUUUGCCUGGAUGUGAUGAGCAACACGGCUUUUGCGACAAGCCUGGGGAAUGCAAAUGCAGAGUGGGCUGGCAGGGGCGAUAUUGUGAUGAGUGCAUCCGAUACCCAGGCUGUCUUCAUGGUACCUGUCAGCAGCCGUGGCAGUGCAACUGCCAGGAAGGCUGGGGUGGCCUUUUCUGCAACCAGGACCUGAACUACUGCACCCACCACAAGCCCUGCAAGAAUGGUGCCACGUGCACUAAUACUGGUCAGGGGAGCUACACUUGUUCAUGCCGACCUGGAUAUACAGGCUCCAACUGUGAGACUGAAAUCAAUGAAUGCGACGCCAACCCUUGCAAGAAUGGUGGAAGCUGCACUGAUCUCGAGAACAGCUAUUCCUGUGCCUGCCCCCCAGGCUUCUAUGGGAAGAACUGUGAGCUGAGUGCGAUGACUUGUGCAGACGGACCAUGCUUCAACGGUGGGCGCUGCACUGACAACCCUGACGGGGGCUACAGCUGCCACUGCCCACUGGGUUAUUCUGGGUUCAACUGUGAAAAGAAAAUUGAUUACUGCAGUUCCAGCCCUUGUGCUAAUGGAGCCCAGUGUGUUGAUCUGGGGAACUCCUAUAUCUGCCAGUGCCAGGCUGGCUUCACUGGGAGGCACUGUGAUGACAACGUGGACGACUGUGCCUCCUUCCCCUGUGUCAACGGAGGGACCUGCCAGGAUGGCAUCAAUGACUAUUCCUGCACCUGCCCCCCAGGAUACAACGGGAAGAACUGCAGCACCCCGGUGAGCAGAUGCGAACACAACCCUUGCCACAAUGGGGCCACCUGCCAUGAAAGAAACAACCGCUAUGUCUGUGAGUGUGCCCGGGGCUACGGCGGGCUCAACUGCCAGUUUCUGCUCCCUGAGCCACCUCAGGGACCCGUCAUCGUUGACUUCACUGAAAAGUACACAGAAGGCCAGAACUCCCAGUUCCCCUGGAUUGCCGUCUGUGCUGGGAUUAUUCUGGUCCUCAUGCUGCUGCUGGGGUGUGCUGCUGUGGUCGUCUGCAUCAGGCUCAGAGUGCAGAAGAGGCACCACCAGCCCGAUGCCUGCAGAAGUGAGACUGAGACUAUGAAUAACCUGGCAAACUGCCAGCGCGAAAAGGACAUUUCCAUAAGUGUCAUUGGUGCCACUCAGAUUAAAAAUACAAAUAAGAAAGUAGACUUUCACAGCGAUAACUCUGAUAAAAAUGGCUACAAAGUCAGAUACCCAUCAGUGGAUUACAAUCUGGUGCAUGAACUCAAGAAUGAGGACUCAGUUAAGGAGGAGCACAGCAAAUGUGAAGCCAAGUGUGAAACGUAUGAUUCAGAGGCAGAAGAGAAAAGUGCAGUACAACUAAAGAGUGAUACUUCUGAAAGAAAGCGACCAGAUUCAGUAUAUUCCACUUCAAAGGACACAAAGUACCAGUCGGUGUAUGUCAUAUCAGAAGAGAAAGAUGAGUGCAUCAUAGCUACUGAGGUGUAAACCAGAGGUCAUAUGGCAAGAUGGUUGUUCAGAACAAUUUCAGAGGAGACGUGCCCCAAUGAAUGCUGCUGAAAGAGGAAUAGGAGAUAGAUUCCUUCACUGACUGCUGCUGAGAAACUAAAUUCAGGCUUGAGCUGGUUCUCUACUGAAGUUAGCAAAGUGACUGCAAAAUAAAGAAACAAGAUGGACACCAGGCAAGGGUCUGUGUUCAAGGAUUACUGUUGCACUGCCUUUUAUGAAUUUUAUCAUUGCACUAUGGUCAGUUGCUUUUCUAUAUAUAUUUAAAUGAAUGGACUCAAUUACUACAUAAGAAGCAUGCACUGCCUGAAGUGUAUAUUUUGGAUUAUUAUGAGCCAGUCUUUUCUUGAAUUAGAAACACAAACACUGCCUUUAUUGUCUUUUUGAUACUAAAAUGUGUUUUACUAGGUGAGAAAAAGUGUGUUAUUUUUUUGAAUCUGUAAAAAUAUUUUCAUGAUAAUUGUAAAGCUUGAGUAUUUUGUGAUGUUCAUUUUUUUAUAAUUUAAAUUUUUUGGUAAAUAUGUACAAAGGCACUUCGGGUCUAUGUGACUAUAUUUUUUUGUAUAUAAAUGUA